AACCAAAGUUUGUUGUUAUAAUAUAUUAGAAAUUUCGAUCUAGAAGUUUGUUACUGUUGCAGUGUGUCUGGAUGGGAGCCCUCCUGCGUACCACCUCCACCGAGGAUUUGGCGCCGGCGCCCGCAACUGGCUUCUCCAGUUCGAGGUGAGACCGUUAAUCACCACCGUCAGAUCAAAAUUCGGACGGCUCGGAGGUUUCCCAUGAAGUCCAUCAAUCCAGGCCGUCCGAUCUAAUGGGACUCGUUUGUGGUACAGGGAGGAGGGUGGUGCAACGAUUUAACGUCGUGCUUGGAGCGAUCGAGAACCCGGCGUGGGUCCACCCGGUACAUGAACAAGCUCGAAGUCUUCUCUGGGAUCCUAAGCAACGAUUCCUCGAUGAACCCUGAUUUCUACAACUGGAAUCGUGUAAAACUUCGCUAUUGCGAUGGAGCAUCCUUUGCUGGUGACUCAGAUUACCAUAAUGCUACAACUGUUCUUUACUUCAGAGGGCAAAGGAUCUGGGAUGCUAUCAUUCUUGACCUUCUUCCGAAAGGGCUGUCUCAGGCACAAAAGGUUCUGCUUUCAGGAUGCUCUGCUGGGGGCUUGGCUACUUUCCUUCACUGCGAUGAUCUUGCUCAUCUUCUCCAUGAGGCGACAACUGUGAAAUGCAUGAGUGAUGCAGGAUUUUUCCUUGAUGUGAGGGAUAUAUCUGGCAACUACACUAUAAGGCCAUUCUUUAGGAGCUUAGUUACUCUGCAGGGGGUGCAAAAAGAUCUAAACAGAAACUGUACAGCUUCUCUUGAUUAUCCGUAUAAGUGUUUCUUUCCCCAGCAUGCAUUACCCUACAUCAGAUCACCAUAUUUUAUCUUGAAUUCGGCAUAUGAUGUAUACCAGUUUCACCAUAUAUUUGUGCCACCUUCUGCUGAUCCAGAUGGUCAUUGGAACCAUUGUAAGUCAAAUCCAGCAGCAUGCACUGCAAAUCAGAUAGCUAUUCUACAAGGUUUCAGAUCUGAAAUGCUCAUGGCAUUAAGAUUGUUUGGUGGCUCAAGCAAUGGGGGGAUGUUUAUAAAUUCCUGUUUUGCUCAUUGCCAGAGUGAACUGCAGGACACAUGGUUUGCUUCCAAUUCUCCCAGACUGCACGAUAAGACCAUUGCAGAGGUUGUUGGUGAUUGGUACUUUGAAAGGAAGGUAGCCAAGGAAAUUGACUGCCCAUAUCCUUGUGAUCACACCUGUCAAAACCUCAUACCAUCCAGUCAGGCAUAUGAAUGACACCUCAAAGAAUUCAAAUAUGUGGACCUUCAAAGGAUAGCACAGAUUACUCCAAACAUAAGGUCUUGGAGACGUUAUAAAACCUAUUUUGGGAAAAACAAAGUUGGUUCCUGGAAACUUCACCAGUUAGGCACCUUUGUUUCAAUCAUGGAGUUUGGAAGCUCUUGACUAAGAAUAAGAGUGGAGAGGAUACAUCAAUAAACUUCCAACCAUAUACAUUGAUCAGGUUGACAAUAAUUUCUGCUUCCUUAUCAUUAACAAAUCCAAAAUAAAGAGCGUGAACUAAAUCUGCACACAUAGGGAGGUUCACUUGUUUAUUUUUAUCUAUUCUUCAGAAAAUGAUUGGGCAUUUGCCUUAUUCAUUUUGAUUAAUAUAUCAGUUUUUAAUCAAACACUAUUAUCUUAUCAGCUACAGUAACUUUAUCUGUCAUCAUGGUUGUUGCAAGUGCACUAAUUACAUCAUGAUGAUUGUUCGAGUCAAGCAUUCAAAAGUAUAUCUUGUAAGCUGUCAAUGCUUCUUGCUAGUCAGUUUCCUUUUCUGAGAAAAGUGAGGGGGUUACCAUCCACCAGCCACCCUGCUGUAGGUGGGUCUAGCCCAGGUCAUUGGGUACGACAGCCAAUGACUUCACCAAUUGUACUCCUUGGUAUCCACAAGUUGGUCCUCACAUUCACAACAUGUGAGCAAAAUGUAUAAGGUUGGUUCUUUGGGAAUUAUAAGGGGAAAAGCACUUCAUGAUUUGUCAUUAAAUGACAUCUAAUUAUAAUUGGUUUGCCGAGGCUAAUUAUGGAUUGCUUGCUUGAGUGGUGCCAAUCAGGGAGGUAAUUAAAGCCCAUCUUGAAUGGAUCUAAAAUAUUGAUCAUUAUUGGAACUUCAACCAUGACCAAGGCAAACAUAUAAUUGGUACAAUAUUCCCGAACAAAGAGAUUGAGAUGGAAGUGGUUGCAUGGAAGUUAUUUAAUGAAUGGCAUGUAUCUAUACUUACCACUAAUUUAGAUUUCUACUGUUUUCCUUCCAGGAAGAAGGCAUUUAUGUCCCCCUUCAUAACUGUAUCAUCAUUAGUUUAUUGCUAAUAACAUGCAUGGUGUGGCCCUCCUCCAUCUAAGAAAGAAACCUGUUAAUUAUUUUGAGUAUAUCAAUGGAAGAAACUAGGUGGCAUGAACGCUGGAUGUUGUCCAGAAUUUGCUAGAGCAGGAAAAGUGGAAAGAUACCAAUUUCUUCCAACCAAAUGCUCACUCAGGAGUGUGUACUAAAUAUCAUGGCAUUCCAAUUUUGAUAGUUGAUUGCUCAAUGGAAGGGUGAUAAGAAAAGGAUUAUAUGUAUUAAUAAAAGCAGAAGCGUCGACAUUCUUUUUCUUUUAAUGAAAAGCUUGCUGGAGUUCUUCCCCCAACCUGAAGCAUUAGUCUUUAUGGCUUGAGAGUCAGAUUUCUUUAAGUUUGUAUAUAUUUUUGAACAACUUUAUUAACUUGAAAGCAAUGAAAAGUUGAA